CAGCAGGAGAGGAGGAAAUGUUUUGGAGGAAUUGUGUUGGGUUGGGCUUCUAAAAGCGGUUGAAGCUGCCUGCUCCAGCCAGAGAUGGGAAGAAAGUUUUUACUGGCACUCACUCCUCUUUGAAGGGAUAACUGGAGAUGGUAGCAGCCCAGGCUCUCUCUUUCGUGUCCCACCAGAAGGAGUCCUGACUCCCCCUGUCAUAGCUGUGGAGCUUGUACCAAGGAAAGAGGAGGAGCACCAAAAGUCACAGCAGACCCUGAAAAUCAGAAAUGAGACUUUUAAAUCAAUAUGAUAUAAAGACGAUAAAGUGAAGGAAUGGUAGAAUGAAGAAAAAUUCUGAAGAUGUCCAACAAAGUUUUGGAAGAUUUUUCCAAGGAUAUUUAUUUGGAUGCAGAAGUGUCCCUAGCAAACAUGUGGAACUUGAGCUCUUCUUGUUGAGUUACAGUCUGAGGUACCCUCACAGAUAUUGACACAAGUUAUUUAGAAGAAGAAAAGCAAGACCAUUUCCAUAGUUGUUUGAUCAUAACUUACUGCCAGAAAUGGCUCUUUCAGUGGACUCAUCUUGGCACCGGUGGCAAUGGCGAGUCAGAGAUGUGCUCCCUCAGUCUCCAUCAGAAGCCACACCACUGUUGUCCCAAGAGAAGAGGAGGCAAAGCUACAACCUGACACAGCAGCGGAUCGUGUUCCCCAACAACAGCAUGUGCCACCAAGAUUGGGCAGAGGUCUCCAGGAGAUACUCCGGCAACAGAAUCUGCACAGCCAAAUAUACCUUCCUCACCUUCCUGCCGCAGAAUCUCUUUGAGCAGUUUCAUAGAUGGGCUAACCUCUAUUUUCUGUUCCUGGUGAUUCUGAACUGGAUGCCCUCCAUGGAAGUUUUCCACAGAGAAAUCACCAUGUUACCAUUGGCCAUUGUACUAUUCAUCAUCAUGGUCAAGGAUGGCAUGGAGGACUUCAAGAGACAUCGUUUUGAUAGAGAGAUCAACUGCUCCAACAUCUGGAUAUAUGAAAGAAAAGAGAGGAGUUACGUGCAGAAGUGCUGGAAGGAUGUGCGUGUGGGAGACUUCAUCCAAAUGCAGUGCAACGAGAUCAUCCCAGCAGACAUACUCCUCCUCUUCUCCUCAGACCCCAGCGGGAUCUGCCACCUGGAAACUGCCAACCUGGAUGGAGAGACAAACCUCAAACAAAGACGUGUUGUGAAGGGCUUCUCACAACAGGAUGUACAGUUUGAACCUGAACAUUUCUGCAACACCAUUGUGUGUGAGAAACCAAACAACCACCUCAACAAAUUUAAGGGUUAUAUGGAGCAUCCUGACCAGACAAGGACCGGCUUUGGCAGUGAGAGUCUUCUACUUCGAGGCUGCACCAUCAGAAACACUGAAGUGGCCAUUGGCAUCGUCAUCUAUGCAGGCCAUGAGACAAAAGCCAUGCUGAACAACAGUGGCCCACGGUAUAAACGCAGCAAGAUUGAGCGGCGCAUGAACACAGACAUUUUCUUCUGCAUUGGGCUCCUCUUCCUUAUGUGCCUCAUUGGAGCUGUAGGUCACCGCCUCUGGAAUGGGACCUUUGAAGAACACCCACCCUUUGAUGUGCCAGAAGCCAACGGCAGCUUCCUUCCCCUUGCCCUUGGGGGCUUCUACAUGUUCCUUACGAUGAUCAUCCUGCUCCAGGUGCUGAUCCCAGUCUCCCUGUAUGUGUCCAUUGAGCUGGUAAAGCUCGGGCAAAUCUUCUUCCUGCACAAUGACCUUGACCUGUACGAUGAAAAGACCGAUUUAUCCAUUCAGUGUCGAGCCCUCAACAUCACUGAGGACUUGGGCCAGAUCCAGUAUGUCUUCUCUGACAAGACGGGGACACUGACUGAGAACAAGAUGGUCUUCCGGCGUUGCACUAUCAUGGGCAGCGAGUAUUCUCACCAAGAAAAUGCCAAACGACUGGAGACCCCAAAGGAGUUGGAUUCAGACAGUGAAGAGUGGACCCAAUACCAGUGCCUGUCGUUCCCAGCCCAACGGGCUCAGGGCCCAGCAACACUGAGGGGUCAAGGAUGGGCUCAGCCUCUGAGGAGGUGCCAUAGUGCCCAGGUACCCAUCCAGGGCCACUCACGACAGAGGUCUAUAGGGCGCUGUGAAAGUUCACAGCCUCCUGUGGCCUUCAGCAGCCCCAUUGAAAAAGAUGUGACUCCAGAUAAAAAUCUACUGCCCAAAGUGCAAGAUGCUGCCCUGUGGUUGGAGACAUUGUCAGACACGAAACCUGCCAAGACUUCCCUCUCCACCACCUCCUCCAUUGCUGACUUCUUCCUUGCACUAACCAUCUGCAACUCUGUCAUGGUCUCCACAACCACUGAGCCAAGGCAGAGGGUCACCAUGCCACCCUUGACCAAGGCUCUGGGGACAUCCCUGGAGAAGAUUCAGCAGCUCUUCCACAGAUUGAAGCUUUUGAACCUCAGCCAGUCAUUCUCAUCCACUGCACCCUCUGAUACCGACCUGGGGGAGAGUUUGGGAGCCAACAUGCCUACCACAGACUCAGAAGAGAGAGACGAUGCUUCUGUGUGCAGUGGAGGCUACUCCACCGAUGGUGGCUAUAGGAGCAGCACAUGGGACCAGGGCGACAUCCAGGGGUCUGGAUUGGAUGCUUCCUUCGAGAAGGUUCUGGAGGCCCCAGCUCUAGGACUGGCCAGCCCUGAGCUCUAUUAUGAAGCUGAGAGCCCUGAUGAGGCAGCCCUGGUACACGCAGCCCAUGCCUAUAGCUUCACGCUGGUGUCCCGGACACCUGAGCAGGUGACUGUGCGCUUGCCCCAGGGCACCUGCCUCACCUUUGACAUCCUCUGCACCCUGGGCUUUGACUCUGUCAGGAAAAGAAUGUCUGUGGUUGUGAGGCACCCACUGACGGGUGAGAUCAUCGUCUACACGAAGGGCGCAGACUCGGUUAUCAUGGACCUGCUGGAAGACCCAGCAUGCGUAACUGACAUGGAUGUGGAAAAGAAGAUGAGGAAAAUCCAAGUCAGAACCCAGAAGCAUCUAGAUUUAUAUGCAAGAGAUGGCCUUCGAACACUGUGCAUCGCCAAGAAGGUCAUAAGCGAAGAUGACUUCCAGCGAUGGGCCAGUUUCCGGUAUGAGGCAGAGUCAUCCCUCGACAAUCGAGAUGAGCUUCUAAUGGAGACUGCACAGCAUCUGGAGAAUCAACUCACCUUACUCGGAGCCACUGGAAUCGAAGACCGGCUACAAGAAGGGGUUCCAGACACAAUUGCGGCUCUGCGGGAAGCUGGGAUCCAGCUCUGGGUCUUGACUGGAGAUAAGCAGGAGACAGCAAUCAAUAUCGCCUAUUCCUGCAGAUUGUUAGAUCAGGCUGACACUGUUUACUCCAUUAAUACAGAAAGUCAGGAAACCUGCGAAUCCAUCCUCAACUGUGCACUGGAAGAAGUAAAGCAAUUUCAUGGACCACAGAAGCCAGACCGCAAGUUCUUUGGGUUCUGUCUACCUUCCAAGACACUACCCCCCACCUCAAGAGCUGCAGUUCCAGAAGUUGGAUUGGUCAUUGAUGGGAAGACAUUAAAUGCCAUUUUCCAGGGAAAGCUGGAGAUGAAAUUUUUGGAGUUGACUCAGUAUUGCCGGUCUGUCCUAUGCUGCCGCUCCACCCCACUCCAGAAGAGUAUGAUAGUCAAGCUGGUGCGAGACAAGUUGAGCGUCAUGACCCUUUCCAUAGGUGAUGGAGCAAAUGACGUAAGCAUGAUUCAAGCUGCUGACAUUGGAAUUGGGAUAUCUGGACAGGAAGGCAUGCAGGCUGUUAUGUCCAGCGACUUUGCCAUCUCCCGCUUCAGACACCUCAAGAAGCUGCUGCUAGUGCACGGCCACUGGUGUUACUCACGCCUGGCCAGGAUGGUGGUGUACUACUUCUAUAAGAAUGUGUGCUAUGUCAACCUGCUUUUCUGGUACCAGUUUUUCUGUGGCUUCUCUGGCUCCACUAUGAUCGAUUAUUGGCAGAUGAUAUUCUUCAAUCUCUUCUUCACCUCCUUGCCUCCUCUCAUCUUUGGAGUCCUCGAUAAAGACAUCUCUGCAGAAACACUCCUGGCAUUGCCUGAACUGUACAAGAAUGGCCAAAACUCUGAGUGCUACAACCCAAUGACUUUCUGGAUUUCUAUAAUGGAUGCAUUCUACCAAAGCCUUGUUUGUUUCUUCAUUCCUUACCUGACCUACAAGGAUUCAGAUAUUGACGUCUUUACCUUUGGGACACCCAUCAAUACCAUCUCCCUCACCACAAUCCUCUUACAUCAGGCAAUGGAAAUGAAGACCUGGACCAUUAUCCACGGGCUUGUUCUUUUAGGCAGCUUCCUGAUGUAUUUCGUGGUAUCCCUUGUUUACAAUGCCACCUGUGUCAACUGCAACAGUCCCACCAAUCCUUAUUGGGUGAUGGAAGGCCAGCUCUCAGACCCCACUUUCUACCUCGUCUGCUUCCUCACACCGGUCAUGGCUCUUCUCCCAAGGUAUUUUUUCCUAUCUCUGCAAGGGACUUAUGGGAAGUCUCUGAUCUUAAAAGCUCAGAAAAUUGACAAACUCCCCACAGACAAAAGAGACCUAGAAAUCCAGAGUUGGAGAAGCAGACAGAGGCCUAUCCCUAUUCCUGGAGAGGGUCAGUGCACUCAUCGUCCAGUGCCACCUGUCUCCAAACAAGACUUCAGAGCCAGCACCCCAAAGAACUCUAGCCCUCACAAGUGGAAGUGCAAGGAAGACUGGGAGCUUCAUGGAGAAAAAUGCAGCAGAGACCAUCUGAAGGAUCACCCAUGCCCAGGGGAUUCCUCAGUUAAACUCUCAUCCAGGGAAUACCUGCUUCUGGGGCCCAGUAUGACAAUGGCUUCAGGAGCCUACUCAAGUAAAAAGACUGAUGAGUACAGGCCCUCAAGCAAAGGCAGUCAUCGCAGAUCCCAGAGUUCACUGACCAUAUGAAUGGCCUGCAGAAAUCUGUACAAACUCAGAGGAAGCCACUCAAUCAAUAGCCUAAUUAACACAUGACUCUUCCUCUUCAUGGAGGAAAGGAUAUACCAGUCUCCCGACCAGGCUUGACUUCCUUGGAAAAGUGCUGGCUUCAAGGGCUAUGAAAAGGACUGGAAACCAGUCAACCUCUAGCUUUCUCCUGCUGCCAGGCAGCACAUCAUGCAAACAGAACUUUUAUAAGGAAGCUGUUUCUAAUAGAUUGAGUUUUAAAAUUUUUUACCCCAGAGACAUUCUUGUGACCCUCUAGGUAAGUAGGUGGCCAACACAAGUGAGGAAUAAUUUUCCAAGAUUCCAAGAGAUCUAUCUACCCAGGCACUCUCUCAGGAUAUGGAAGUUAUUAGGCUUGUCAAGCCAUCACCUCAUCUCAUUGUUCCAAGAGUUAAAGUUUUGGAAGAGACCCAUACACACAGGUACUUCAUCUCCAGUGUAUUGCAGUGAUUAAGGUAAUACCUAUAUAUUAAGUAAAAUCCCUGUAUAUUAGGGAUGGAUGCAAUACUUGUGACAAGUAUUUGAGCCUAAGAGUCAUAACCACCCCACAAGUUGACUUAUCACUUGAGUAACUUCUCAGCAAAGAUGUACAAAAAAAUUUCAACAAUCAAAUUGGCAAAUGGCAGACUGAGCUCAUCCUCUCACCAUCCUGCUGACAAACCUGAACUGGAAGGAUCAUUUGAAGCAUUGUAUCCCUGGAACCAGUACACUAAAUCUCUUUUACUGGCUAUGUCACAUAAUGAUGCCAAUAAUGGCCAACAGGAGAAUCCUAUAUGCAGAUUGUCAGAGAAGCAGCAGGUGAACACAUCAGGCAAAGCAGUAAUGAUAGUAAUCAUUCCAAAUGAGAGGAUUGAGCCAAAACCUGGAUCUCGGGUCCUCCCUUUCCCCAUUUGAUUCCUACCUACUCUUGAAAGUCAGAUUGAGACAGGUAGGAUGUUUCAGAGAACAUAGUAGUGGGAAGAACACUGGCCUCAGGAGAUCUGGGUUUGAAUCUUUGCUUCUGUACUCUCUAGGAGCCAGGAGCCUUGAAGCAAGAUACCACACUUGCAAAUUAGGUUAGAACUGCCCUACCUUCUAGGCUUGACAUAAGGAUCAAGUCAAAAUUACAAAGGGGACUUGAAAACGCUUUGAAAGCUGUAACACCCUCAGUAAUAACACAGGGAUUUGCAUGUCAGAGCUAAGGGGAAACAAGGUGAUGGGAAAGUUGUAAAAAUGACCAUAGUACCUAAAUGCAGAACCAUACCUGACAUUGCAUGUCGCUCUCUUUAUUGUGUGACCAACCAUCACAGUUUGCCUGGGGUUUUCCAUGGUUUAGCACUGAAUGGCCCACAUCCUAGGAAACACCUCAGCCUUGGGCCAUCUGAGACAGCUGGUAACUUACUCUUGCCCACCUAUGAAACCAAACCAACUGUGACCAUCCAACAUGCCAUCUUAAGGGAAAAAGUUUUCCUGUAAUAUUAUGCUAAUGAUUGUACUUAGUACAUUUUUAUACUUUUAUGACCUUUUACUGAUUGACUGGAAAUGUGUUAUCCUUUAUUAGAAAAAAGAAAUAAACAUUGUUUUCCAUAAA